AUGAGGGAGCAAUCGAGGGGAAGCAAGCAGAUUACCGCCCCGUCAGAGGGAGAAGGAAUGAGAGCAGGAGAGGAAACUGGAAUGCAGGACAGUGAGAUGCAGAAGAAGGGAAAACAGAGCAAGGGUGUGCUGCACCAGGGACACAUGGAAAAGUUGCAGGACACUGGCCCUCGAGGACUGGAGUUUGAGCCCCUGGUGUACGGUGUGAACGUCCUUGGAUGUUCCAGCAUCAGUGUGCACUUCACGGGCAGUUUGGUGCCUCCUCAAACCAGCAUGUCCGUUUCUGUGAUAACAGACACGUAUACGUCCAUCGACCGGCCGGUGUUCUCUGAGACCCCCACCGGCGCUAAUGCCACAGAGCGGGAACGAGACGCCCUGCUGGCCGUGGCCGAGGUGGUGGUGCUGGCAGUCAUCUUAGUGAUGGCGUUACUUGGCAACGGGUUGGUCCUGGUGGUGUUGCUAAGACGAAGGCGACACCACAACCCCCUGCACCAGUUCAUGCUGAACCUUUGUGUGGCUGACCUGGUGGUGGCGCUGUUCCAGGUGUUGCCCCAGCUCGUGUGGGACGCUAAGGGACGCUUUCCUGGUCCUGACUUCUUAUGUCGCCUGGUGAAGUACCUUCAGGUUCUUGGAAUGUUUGCCUCCUCCUACAUGAUCGUGGCCAUGACAGUGGAUCGCCACUAUGCUAUCUGCUGCCCCCUGCAGGCACAUCGCAGCGGGGCCACGAAGCGCUGGAACAGCUUUAUCGUGCUGGCCUGGGUACUGUCGCUGCUGCUCAGCCUGCCACAGGUCUUUAUCUUUUCCCGUUCUGAGUUGGCUCCAGGUGUGUAUGAAUGUUGGGGCAACUUUGCCGAGUCCUGGGGCCUCAAAGCCUACGUGACGUGGAUGACGCUAGCCAUCUUCAUCCUCCCCGUUCUGAUCAUCACCAUCUGCCAGGUGCGAAUCUUCAAGGAGAUUCAUAACAAUCUGUACCUGAAAUCAGAACGCCGCCUGUCCCCCGCUGCUCUCCCUCAAUUAAGAAAAGAAACCCAGAGAGGAAAAAGAGGAGGAGGAGAAGGAAAGUCUAAUGUCCCCUUCUAUGUUUCCCCCCUCAUGUACAACAACCCUGGGAAUGACAGCAGUUUGGACCCUGUGUCCACCUAUCAGCACCUCCCAAUGGGUCCACUCAGGUCCAGCAGCAUCACGUCACAUUGUGACGUUCACACCUUCACUGCUCUUCACCUCGCUCAGCUGCAAGCCGGCGUCCCACCAGAUCCAACAACGCCCUCUGCUGCCUGCUCACCACACCCAACCAAACCGCCUCCUGUCAGAGGUGGAGAGGUAACAGCAGCCAUGUCAAAGACGGUGAGGAUGACGCUGGUCAUUGUGCUUGUGUACUCGCUCUGCUGGGCCCCGUUCUUCAGCGUCCAGCUCUGGGCCGCCUGGGACCCUGACCCACCUCAGAAUGGUGUAGCGUUUACCCUGCUGAUGCUGUUGGCCAGUCUAAACUCCUGCACCAACCCCUGGAUCUACUCCGCCUUCUCCAGCAGCGUCUCCCCGGAGCUUCGUCUGCUGCUUCACUGUCGGCCGCACACUCGGCGCCGAGCUUCCGUAACGAACGACUCCACCAUCACGCAUACCUCCAACUGAACACUGGACACCAUGAAGGGCAACUCCCUCUCAGUGGCACAGCUGAGUCGGCUGAUGUUUAAGGAAAUAUUAGUUGAACUUUUAAAAUGAGACCCGAGUGAACCUAUGUGAAGGGGGCGCUGAAAAUAGCUGAAAAU